AUGCCUCUGCCUGUCACUUUAAAGUUCCCAGAUAACUUUGAGAAGUUGUCUCCUCCCAUCCUCCAGUUAGAUGAAGUAGAGUUUUAUUACUCAGCAGAUCGUCGUCUCUUCACGGGACUCUCGCUGUCUGCUGACCUCGAGUCUCGUAUCUGCAUCGUGGGAGAAAACGGCGCCGGGAAAACGACUGUCCUCAAACUGCUGAUGGGCGAGUUGACGCCAGUCAACGGAGUCAGACAGUCUCACAGGAACCUGAAGAUCGGGUACUUCAGUCAGCACCACGUGGACCAGCUGGACCUCAACGUCUGCUCAGUGGAGCUGCUGCUCAACCGCUUCCCCGGCAGGACGGAGGAGGAGUACCGCCACCAGCUGGGGGGUUACGGUAUAACGGGGGAGUUGGCCACGCGGCCGGUAGCCAGUCUGUCUGGAGGUCAGAAGAGCCGGGUGGCCUUCGCCCAGAUGACCAUGCCUUGUCCGAACUUCUACAUCCUGGACGAGCCGACCAAUCACCUGGACAUGGAGAGCAUCGAGGCGCUCGCUAAAGCUCUCAACAAGUUCAAAGGCGGGGUCAUCCUGGUGUCCCACGACGAGCGGCUGAUCCGAUUGGUCUGUAAGGAGCUGUGGGUCUGCGAGGCCGGCAGCGUGCGGCGCAUCGACGGCGGCUUCGACGAGUACCGAGACAUCCUGCACGAGCAGUUCAGGAAGGAAGGCUACCUGUAAGCCCCGCCCCCUCUCUCUGGCAGCAGCCAAUCAGCCGGCCGGAUGAUGAACUGUCCCGCCUGCUGCCAGCCGAUUGGUUGAGGCGGAGCCGUCAGAAACCAUGUGGACUUUAUUUAAAAGUUUCUCUUCAUGUCAAACCGGAUUUUGUUUUGUAUCAGAUUUAAAUCUUCACCUUCAGACACAGAGCCAAUAAAAACAUCCGAUCCUGUCUUCA